AUGGGUAAUGCCAUUGCUUACUUGGGGAAGGACACCUUGAGGGUGCCGAGAGGACAGACGCUGGGAGAGGAUUUCACGGCUGAGCUUGUGCAACCUUUUCGCCGGAGGGGCCGCACAGUGACGACUGAUAACUUCUUUACAACCUUACCUCUCGCCUUAUCACUCGCUGACGAUGGCAUGUAUUUGUGUGGCACCAUUCGGCAGAAACCUUAUAUUCCUAAGGAACUUUCUGAGAGUGCGUUUCCCGUCAAGGACUCAGUGGCCGUGUUCAAUUACGAACACAAUUUGACUCUCCAGUGUCAGCAAGUCAGUGUGACUAAGAAGGUGAUGCUGUUGAAUUCCCUGCAUCAUGAUCCGUCUGAGAUCGAGAGAAGGAAGACGAUUAUUCAGAUGUUUUAUAAUGUAGCGAAAGGGGGUGUAGACACAUUCGAUCAGAUGUGUUCUACAUCAAAUUGUGCUCAUAAGACACGACGAUGA